AUGAAGAGGGUGACGGAGGCGCUGAAGAAGGCCUCCGAGAGCGACGUCCCACGUUUUACCUCUGGGUCAUUUAUCAUAGGAACAUCACCAGCCGAAGCGGAGCCGCAGUCACCAGCCGUAGCGGAACCGGAGUCACCAGCCGAAGCGGAACCAGGGUCACAAGCCGCAGCGGAACCAGAGUCACCAAACGCAGCGGAACCGGAGUCACCAGCUGCAGCGGAACCAGAUUCACCAGCCGAAGCGGAACCGAAAUCACCAGCCGCAGCGGAACUGGAAUCACCAACCACAGUGGAACCGGAAUCACCAGCCGUAGCGAAACAGCAGUCCAGCCAAAAUCAAAUCACGAGGAGCGUUAAAAUACCCAAAAAAUUUCACGGAGCAUUCAUAGGUCACAAGGGCGCCCAUAUUAAACAAAUAGGCCAAAAAUACGGAGUGUUGCUGGGACUCAACACCAAUAAAAACCAUCCCAAACCAGGUUUAUGCGACCACGUGCCUCUUUUGGGCGACAUUUUACUUGCUAGAAAAAUCAAAAUUGAGAUGAAGAGGGUGACGGAGGCGCUGAAGAAGGCCUCCGAGAGCGACGUCCCACGUUUUACCUCUGGGUCAUUUAUCAUAGGAACGCCACAGCGGAACCGGAGUCACCAGCCGCAGCGGAACCUGGGUCACCAGCCACAGCGGAACGGGAAUCACCAGCCGUCGCGAAACAGCAGUCCAGCCAAAAUCAAAUUACGAAGAGCGUUAAAAUACCCAAAAAAUUUCACGGAGCAUUCAUAG